CAUCAUCGCAAACCAGUUUUAAAAACACAAACAAUGCUUUGAAUAUGAUGUGAUCCGAUUUCAGCUAAGUAUGUAUAAAACUACGACGGGCAGAAUAUCACCAGAGAAAUCUGACUACACCUAUGCAUACACAGCGACAUAUAGCAGACGACUAGCAAAGUUGUGGGACAAAGUGCCGCCUGUAGACAUGCCGAACUUGUCCGGUAUAGCACACAGAGUCGAGUACAUUGCGACCGAAAGCGACAUCAGAGAACCUUUGCUGCUGAGAAAACGCGAUCGCUCUUCGUCAAUGCAGUCUUACGCGUCAACAACAAUCACAACUACUUCGGCUUUGACGAACCUCCAUCAUGCUCAGACUUUUCAUCAUUCGGGUCAGUCGCAUCAUUUAGCCGACUACUCUCCAUCGUCGAAAAGUUCACCGGCUCGAAGAGAAAGAUCCCUUUCGCGUUCCCCUGAAGGAUCAACAAAAACGUGGAGGCGUGAAGGGACUACAAGAGUGCCUCGAUUAGUAUCAAAUGAGUCGAUAGAACAUGAGCGAAGUAGCUCGGAGGAAUUUGAGGAAUUCGAAAGAGCCGAACCGGAAUUAAGAGACGAGGCUGUGUUUGAAUUAUCUGCCGAGUCGUCUUCCUCGCCCACGCGGUUCAUGCGGAGGACUAGGGAAAUCUGGGACGAGACUUCCAACAUGCACUUCGCCAAACCACAGCCGCCGUAUCAAAUGGCCACUAUUAAUGUCAAUGUGCCAACUGCUCUUGCCAGUAAAAUCCACAAGUUUCUCUAUCGACAGCUGAGUCGGGUGCGUUAUCGCAGUGGUGGCAAAUCAUCAGUCGGAGGCGGAGGAGGGAAGUCUCCGCCGGUCGGAGUCGCAUUGGGAGCUGCAGCAGUUCAGUCUUCGACAGCCAAUGCUGCUUAUGUAUCUAAAUCAGGAAAUAGUCAAUCGCAUGGCUACUCGGGACACCUCAGUAGCACAAGAGUGACAAGGUCCAAAUCACAGCAGGGAAGUAAUCUCGAAGAGCAAAGAGUCAGUGGACAGAGACGUCAGUUCACGAGUAGAUCUAGAACUUCAAUGUCAUCCUCAGAAUCCAUAAUUGGAAAUACAAUUACUAAGGCUAAAAGGUGGUGUCACAGCAUUGCCGAGUCAGUGCGAGACCUGGAUGCGAAUCUCCAUCUGCCCUUCCUCAUCAUCUUCCUCUUUCUUCUCAUGCUCGCACUUCCAAUGUUGAAUGGAUUUGGCUCAAACUUGCGCUCCUAUUUCAACCAUUAUCGUGAUGUUUUCAGCGUGGAUUCGCCGGCCCAUUUUGCGAGUAAUUCCCCGUCGACACAAUCGGAAGACGCUUCAAGACAGCAGGAUUUGUUUUCACGCAUUCAAAUUCUAGAGUCUGAACUAUACAAACUCAAGCAAAGUGGCAAAACAAUCACAGGCCAAGACAAAGAAAACCCGCGGGCAUUAGAGGGGCAAUCGGAAAGUCUGCGCCAGGAAUUACUGGAUACACAGAGCCAGAUUGCGAAAUUUGCCAAGAGUCUGAAAAGUUUGGAAGUGCUACACGCUUCGCUGAAUUUGUCUGACGCUAAAUUGCAAAACAGCUUUGCUAAGUUAACGCUUGAAUUGAGUGGCAACAUUGAAAAUUCGCGACUUAAGUUCGAAGAAAUAGAGAAUAACAUGAAAGUAUUAGCAACUGCUUCCGGCAGUCAAGUUGGCCGCGAAGCAAUCCACCAAAUUGGAGCCUCAAUUGCUGAAUUGAAGCAACACGUUAAAGAAAGUCAGGAGAAAAGUAAAUCUGAGUUUGAGGAAGCAGUACGAGGCUCCUCGCUGAGAUUAGAGGAUAAAAUUAGGACCCUAGAAACGAGAAUUGAAAGUCUAGAGGCAUCCAAUUUGGGCUUCAAAAAGUGUUGUUUGUUGGCGGAAGAACUACAUGCAAACAUGAGCGCCGAUACAAUCAAAUUAAACAGCUUCCAAGAUCAAAUUAGAGACUUAGAAGCAGUUAUUGCUGAAAUGUCAACUCAAAUAAACGAGAACAAGGCAACGGCGGAAUUUCUAAAGGGGGAGGUUUUAUUAAACAGGGAGCAGACGAGACCAAAUAUGGAGUGGGAAGGGGAAAAAAGAGAAUUUGUGAGGCAAAAUGACUUUGAACUUGCAAUGGACAGACAUGAGAAGAAAAUAGCUCUUAAAAUACAAGAAUUAAUCGCUCUGAAGUUGAACAGCAGUUGCAAAUCUUCUAGUGGACAAUUGCAACCUCCAUUUGUCCAAGAUACUCUUCUAUCUUUCUUCCAAUCUUCUUCUGAGAAACAGUCGUCAUCCAUUUCUGAUUCAGCUGAUGCAAAUUUCUCAAUUCUGUCGCAAUAUCUCAACUCAUACUUCUACAAUAUAACGACUACAACCAAUCAACUUCGCACGCUCGUGCGUGAAGAAGUGCACCGUGCACUGAUAGAAGACGGGACAGGGGUGCCAGACUAUGCUCUGGAGAGUGUGGGCGGGAGUGUAGUGACCACUAGAUGUACGGAGACAUACACUCAGUAUGCGUCUGUAGUGUCCAUAAUGGGCAUUCCUCUCUGGUAUCAGACUCCCUCGCCAAGAACUGUCAUCCAGCCUGAUAUGCACCCUGGAAACUGCUGGCCCUUCACUGGCUCCAACGGUCAGAUAGUGAUUAGACUGGCGCGCAGACUCAAAGUGCAAUCUGUAUCUUACCAACACAUCCCGCAAUCCAUAUCACCCACCGGAACCACAUCCAGUGCACCCAAAAAUAUCUCCAUAUAUGGACUCAACUCAGAAAACGAGGAUCCCGGAUCGUUCCUGGGAAACUUCGAAUACACUCUAAGCACCACUGGCCAAACGUUGCAGACAUUUAAAUUAGACGCUCUGGAAGCGAAUCAGGAAUCCUUGACGUUUCGAUUUGUAUCGAUUGUCGUUCAUUCGAAUCAUGGCAAUGAUGCGUAUACAUGCUUGUACCGUUUCAGAGUGCACGGUCAAGUUAAGACCAAUUAAAAUUGUUCGACAAAAUCUAAUCGAUUCAAAUAAUCGAUUCUCUACAUAGGUUGUUACUAUAUAAGUAAAAUAGAAAUAGUUGGAUUUGAUAUCUACGAAUUUCAAAAUUUAGUUUCUGCGUAUGGUACUAAUUCAGGUAAUUGUAAAUUUUGCCCUUUAUUCGCUUAUGAACGUCACAGUUAAGGUGAUGUUGAAAUUCUAGCUAAUUUGUUUCAGAUAUCGCAA